AUGACAAAUGUUCAUAUAACCCCCAGAAAACUUGUUGUAACUGGUACUAUUAUACCAGAACUUCACUACGGACUUGAAGUUAUGAUACAACUUAAUAAAAUGUCUUUUAUUAUUCGUGUAGUUCGUUAUAUACAUAGUCAUUUACAGCCUAGUUAUAUAUGUGAAGGUAGUGGACAAAGUAGUGAUAUUGUUACAAGUUCAUCUAAUGCAAUUACCUCAGUUUAUCAAGCUAUUUUUGGCACUAAAACAAAGUUUGCGAGCCUUUCAUAUUUGGGCUUAGAGCAAACUGAAACAUCUCAAAAAUUACUAGAAAGUGUUGUUUUUUAUCUUUUUAUUAUUGAAGUAGAAAAUUUAUCUAUAUUUGUUAGUUUCCUUGGUAAAAUCUCACAUUCAAAUAAAAAAACAAUUGGAUACAAUUAUACAUCUUCAUUGUUUUAUAAGUACAAAUCGAAACAAUCAGUUUUUUUUCAAAGAGUAAAUAAUAAUAAUUCAUAUUCGAUUAUAGUUUAUCAAAACAGUCAAAUUGUUGCAGAAUAUACAGAUAAUUCACCCAACGCUGUUUGGUAUCAAACUGGUAUAUUAAAAUCUAUCCCAGGUGACACUUUAUUUGCUAUAAACCACCUAACAACUUUACAAAAACUCAAUCAAGUAUAUCAAACAAAUCAAAUAUUAGUAUCUAAUCAAUGUACAUUAGCGGAUUGGAACAAUAAAGUAAUCAUGGAAUAUUUAUUUGAUCUACAUUUAAAGAAAGCUGUUAGUAAAUCUGCUGAAAAAUGGCACCAAGUAUUUCAAAAUUGGAAACAACAAAAAAGCAAUAUAAUUGAAUUACAUAACCACCUUAGUAAAAUAUAUGGAUUGAAUCAUGAAUUCCGAGAACGUGAAAAUGAAUUUUGGACAAACGCACCAGACCCUGAAAAAGACCAUGAUACGCUUAAGAAUUUAUAUGAGAAUGAAAUUCUAAAUGUGUCGCUACAAACUCUAACCACUAAAGCAUUUUGGGACUGCUUUCGUGAUAGUUACAAUGUAAAUCUUAAAGGAACAAAUAGUAAAUUUAACUCAUUUAUAACUCACAAUGCUCACAGUCCAGUGGAUUAUACCACUGGACUUGCGAAUCUAAUCGCACAUGCAAUUAAAAGAUAUAUAAGAAUUGGAUGUAAUCUUACUGAUAGAACAAAUAUUGAAACAGUAUUUCAAAAUCUAAGUGGAAUAUCUGUGGCACAUAUAGAGCCCAAUCGUAAUAAAUCAGUAAAGAAAUUGAUGGAUCAAGACAAUAUAAAAAUAAGUUCUGAAUUACCGAAUCACCAAUUAGAAGCUAACAUUGGCAAAAAAAAAAUCAAAACUAUACCUAGUGUGUGGACUGAGUUUCAUCCUGAGCAAAUUGCUACCUUUUAUAACAGACCAUCUCCAAUAUUUUCUGAGUCAUCUAAACCCAAGAAUUCUUGGACAAUACCAAUUCCUAAAAAAACAGUUAAUAGUGAAGAAUCAGAUGAAACAUCAAAUGCUAUGAAAGAUUCAAGUGUGGAUCAAGACUUCCCUCUUAAUAUGGGAUGGGCCCUAAAAGAAAAUAUGAAACUUGAUAAAAAAGGUGCAGAAAAAAACAUAUCAAAGAAAGUAGUAAAAUACUUGCAAGGUUUUUUUUUAGCAAGAAAUUUGAGAGCCGAUGAUUGUUAUUCACCUGAAGAUAUGUAUGCAAGUUUAGAGGAAUUAGCUGUAAAUGGAGAACUUACUUUCGAGGAAAUACCUUCAGUAAAAACUAUAAAAGGUUGA